AUGGAACCAUCCGGUUCAGGAGGAAAACCGGUCGAGGACGACCUCAUCCAAGAACCAGCCCAUGGGCGCUCCAACACCUCCUCCAAUGGGGUCCCGAGCGCUGCUGUGCAGCCACCUCCCCGCGCGACGCCCCUCCACCUCGAGCGACCCCGCCGCGAGCAGGCCGGAGUCGGCGCCGAUGGGUCGAGCUCCGCCGCGGCGGGGGUCGACCGGAAGGGCAAGGGGACGCUGCCGCCCAAGGUUAUUCCUUCUCCUCCGAGCUCCGCGGGCAGCAGCAGCUCCUCCACCCCCUCCCUCGACCACGCCGCCGCAUUGACAGCCGGGGCCUUCGGAGGCGAGGAGUCGAGUACCGCGGCGGGCGGCGGGGAGUCAAGCUCCUGGGCGGGCGGCAGCAAGGCGCGGGUGACGUGGAGCGACCCCGUGGCGGCGGAGACGAGGGAGGUGCCCGACGCGGCGGCGCAUCCAUUCAACCCCAAGCUGGUGUCCAAGCAGCGGUUGGCGGGCGUCGACAAGGAGAAUAUCCGAUGGGAACAGCAGUCCAAGCCAUUGCGCGCGGAAGGGGCGAUGUACAAGGAGGAACAGUCUCUUGAUCUGUCAUACAAGCAGUGGUUCUCAAAGAGAAACAGAGGCUAUUCCAAUGGGUCGAGCUCCUCCGCGACGGGGGUUAACCGGAAGGGCAAGGGAAUGCUGCCCUCCAAGGUCAUUCCUUCUCCGAGCUCCGGAGGCAGCAGCAGCUCCUCCACCAACUACCUCGACUACGUCGCGACAUUGAGAGCCGGGGCAUUCGGAGGCAGGGAGUCGAGCUACGCGGUGGGUGGCAGCAAGGCGCGGGAGACAUGGAGCGACCCCGUGGCAGCAGAGACGAGGGAGGUGCCCAACGCGGCGGCACAUCCGUUCCACCCCAAGAUGGUGUCCAGGCAGCGGCUGGUGAAAGAGCAGGCAGCCGUCGACAAUGAGAACAGGCGAUGGGAACAGCAGUUCAAGCCGUUGCACGCGGAAGGGACGAUGUAUAGGGAGGAGCAGGAAAUUCCAUACCCUUUAAACUUGAGGGUUUUGACUUUUGACGAGGCUGUACAGGAAGCGUGGACUUGUGAACCCAGCAUUACUGACCCCUUCCUAAGACUGGAUCUCUUGUUGCGGAAAACUGGGCAUGACCUUACGGUGUGGGGACAGAGGAAAGUGGGCAACGUCAAGAUUCAGAUUGCGGUUGCCAACUGGAUUAUACUUCACCUUGAUUGGGCUAUAUGGACCAUAUAUAGUUAUCGGAUGGAGAACGUUGGUUGCGAAAUGCCCUCAAGCUCACCUCUUUGGGCUUGGCUUCACUGGAGCGAACGAUUGCGCGACAAAGGUCACGCAUUAGAUGGCUUGCUGAAGGAGAUGCCAAUAUGAAACUGUUUCACCUAGUGGCUAAUGGUCGAAAAGUCAGAAACUUCAUCCCUGCGUUGCACAUCAAUGACGCGGUCAUCAUGGACCCAGGUGGAAAAGAAGACACUUUCUUCAUGGCUUACAAGGAGCUACUUGGUGAUUUUGACUUCCUGGGAAUGUCACCGCUGCACCUUCAUGAGCUUGAUGAUAUAUGCACGGAGGAGGAAGUGUUCACGGUCAUUAAGAGCAUGCCUGCAGAGCGAGCUCCGGGUCCAGAUGGAUUUAUUGGUUUGUUCUUCCAUAGAGCCUGGAACAUCAUCAAAGGAGACAUUAUGUCAGCCGUUCAUAAAUUCCAGCUUGGCAAUGGGAGAGGCUUUGGAAGACUCAACCAGGCAAUAAUCUCGCUCAUUCCUAAGAAACCUGAUGCAUGCAGAAUCGGUGACUUUCGGCCUAUCAGUCUACUACAUAGCAUUGCAAAGAUCAUUGCCAAAUUGAUAGCCUCGAAAUUGUGCCCGUGGAUGGGAGAACUUGUCCAAAUUAACCAAUUGGCAUACAUCCCCGGCAGAAACCUACACGACAACUUCUUGUUGGUUCGACAAGUGGCCAGAAACUUACAUAAGAAGAAGGACAAAGGAGUUUUGGUGAAGCUGGACAUCUCCCGUGCUUAUGACUCGUUAUCCUCGUCGUUCUUGCUCGAAGUGCUGCGGGCCAAAGGGUACUCGGAGCUAUGGUGCUCUAGACUUGCCAUCCUCCUCUUGAUGGCAAGCUCCCGAGUCCUAGUUAAUGGCUGACUGGGCAGGGAAUUCAGGCAUGUUAAAGGAUUGCGUCAAGGAGAUCCGGUGUCCCCCCUGCUUUUUGUGAUCACAAUGGAUGCUCUCACAGCCAUGGUGGCUAAAGCGCAAGAAUGGGGAGUGAUCAGUGCCAUGCCCGGCUGCUCCCCCUUCAAAGGUUGUCCAUCUACGCUGACGAUGUCAUCCUUUUCAUUAGACCAACAAUUGUUGAUCUGACCUUCACUAGAGAGGCAUUGUGGAUGUUUGGCACAGCUUUCGGAUUGCA